UGUUUUCCGUCAUUGCGUCACUUCCGCCGCGGUCCGGUGUGGCGCGAGUCGCGAGAUAGUGAACAAUUUGCGAGAACAGAAAAACGCAAACUUGUGUUCACGCAGCUGCUGGGUUAUAUCUUAUAACUGAAAACAAAUAAAUCCUUUUGACAAACGUGUGGAGAAAGCGGCGAUUGGAUUUAUCGGAGGGAACAUGCCGCGGCGGAAGAGAACUGCGGGCAGUAGUUCAGACGGGACUGCAGAUUCGGAUGACUCUGGAGAUCAUGAGAAGACCGACAGCUCUCACGGUGAAGCCAACCAGCGCAAUAACACCCGCAUGACCCGAGCAUCACUGCGCCUUAGCCAGAGCUCUCAAGAUGCUCCACCCGAUAUAAAGCAAGCAGUGGAGCGAGAUGAGUCUCCUCCCAGGACGCCAACAGGAAACGCCCCGUCGUCUGAAUCAGACAUCGACAUAUCCAGCCCCAACGCAUCCCACGAUGAGAGCGUGACUAAAGACCAGAAAGACUCUGGCAGCGAUCCCUCUCAUCGGCCAAAACGCCGCCGCUUUCAUGAGAGCUACAACUUCAAUAUGAAGUGCCCCACACCUGGGUGCAAUUCUCUGGGACAUUUAACAGGUAAACAUGAGCGCCAUUUCGCCAUUUCAGGAUGCCCUCUCUAUCAUAACCUCUCUGCAGAUGAAUGCAAGGUGAAGGCUAUCGAGCGUGAGAAACAAGAUGAAGAGCGCAGUCAGGGGCAGAACGAGGAGAACAGGCACGCUACUCGACAUCAGGCACCAACUCCAAGACAGGUCCGAUAUAAAGAGAAAGUCAUUGAGAUGAGGAAGAGGAGAGAUUCUGGGCUGAGUAAAGACCAAAAGGAAAAGUACAUGGAGCACAGACAAACGCAUGGAACCACUCGCGAACCAUUGCUGGAGAACAUCACCAGUGAUUAUGAUCUGGAGCUCUUCAGAAAAGCUCAGGCUCGUGCAUCAGAGGAUCUGGAGAAACUGCGUCUUCAAGGUCAGAUCACAGAGGGCAGUAACAUGAUCAAAACCAUUUUUUUUGGCCGCUAUGAGCUGGAGACGUGGUACCACUCUCCAUACCCAGAGGAAUAUGCCCGUCUGGGGCGACUGUAUGUCUGUGAGUUCUGCCUCAAGUACAUGAAGAGCCAGACCAUCCUGCGCAGACAUAUGGCCAAAUGUGUGUGGAAACAUCCUCCAGGGGAUGAAGUCUAUAGAAAAGGUGCCACCUCUGUGUUUGAGGUUGAUGGAAAAAAGAACAAGAUCUACUGCCAGAACCUCUGCUUGCUGGCCAAGCUGUUUUUGGACCAUAAAACACUGUAUUAUGAUGUGGAGCCUUUCCUGUUUUAUGUCAUGACUGAAGCUGAUAACACAGGCUGUCACCUUGUGGGAUAUUUCUCAAAGGAGAAGAACUCGUUCCUGAAUUACAAUGUGUCUUGUAUCCUGACCAUGCCACAGUACAUGAGACAGGGCUAUGGCAAGAUGCUGAUUGACUUUAGUUACCUGCUGUCGAAGGUUGAAGAGAAGGUGGGCUCUCCUGAACGCCCGCUCUCUGAUCUGGGCCUCAUCAGUUAUCGCAGCUAUUGGAAGGAAGUCCUGCUACGCUACAUGUACAAUUUUAAGGGCAAAGAGAUCUCCAUUAAAGAGAUCAGUCAAGAGACUGCAGUGAACCCAGUGGAUAUCGUCAGUACACUGCAGUCCCUUCAGAUGCUUAAGUACUGGAAAGGAAAACAUCUAGUUUUGAAAAGACAGGACCUGAUUGACGAUUGGAAGGCCAAAGAGACUAAAAGGGGAAACAGCAAGACCAUCGACCCCGGCUCUCUCAAAUGGACCCCUCCUAAAGGAACCUAAUUGACUUUAUUAUUUUUUUCAUCCCUUUUUAUGACUCCAUCACGUCUUUUGCAAUGGCUUCAUCUCUCAUUUUUGUCUCCUUUUAUGUGCCCUUUGAAACUUUUAUACAGUAAUAUUUAUUUUUCUGGAAGUCUUUGGCCAAAGUAUUUUCUCUGCCCCUGCGUAUUUUUAAAUGUAGAUGUAUUUUGAUUCUCUUUUUAAAAGCAAAAAAAUAAGCUUAUCGUCAUUAGAAUGUAGAAAAAAGGGGCCUUACAUUACAAAAAAUCUCAUUUAAUUACACAUUCUUUAACAAAACAGUAUUUCUUUUGUGUUUUUGUGAAAAUGUCUUGAUUGAAAUGAGAACAGAGCUGAAGAGAAAUGUCAUUUUGAUAAAUACUUUUAUUACGCCAUUUAUUUGAUAUCCCAGCAAGACAUUUGCUUGUGUGUGUAUACUCCCAGUUUCCCUGGAGUACAAUGUUAAGAGUGAAGAAUAACUGUGUUUUUAGACGUCUGUGAGGUCGUCAGUACUGAAGUCUGUCCCAUUCCUCCUGCAGAUCUGCUGUGUGAAGAACAUUAUAUCAUUUCAGGUCCGUUUCAUCACUUUGCAUAAAUACACUUCUGAUACUU